GCAGAGGAGCAUCUUCUGCUACUUCCGGUGGAGAAACCAGCUCCUUUCUGCGCCUCCUUACAGAGAUAAGUCAAUGGAGGCUCGGUGGGUGUCGUGACUGCUCUUCACCGCCUCUCACUCUGCAGAAGACUCUGCGGUGAAGUUGCCGCAGCAUCCAUCCCCCCCCCGGGCAGCGCGCGCUCCAUCCUCCGCGAGCAUCAUGGGCACCGUUCUCUCCAUAUCCCCCGCGAGCAAGAAGGCGUCUAUCAUCGAGGCUGAGGCCGCAGCGGACGGACUCAGAAACGACAAGAGCCUCAAGCGGCACUCCAUGUUCGUGUCUCUGUCCUGGAAGAAGCUCGUGGCCAGUUCGGCGAAGAAGAGCGCCAAGAAAGUGACCCCGAACCCGCUGCCCACCCGCGAGCUCCCGUCCAGCCAGGUGGCGCAGCUCAACAAUGAAAACAUCAGGAAGACGCAUCAAACCGAGGAGAGGAAGCCCAAGGCCCCCAUCCCGGUGCCGGUGCCCACGGUCCCCACACAGAAUGGCGACAGAGGGAGGCUGUCCUCCGUCCAGAAGCAGCCCAGCAGCUUCUCGUUGCUGUCGCCCAGGAGGAUUGUGAUCCAGGCGUCCACAGGAGAGCUGCUCCGGUGUCUGGGGGACUUCAUGUGUCGCAGGUGCUACAAGCUGAAAGAGUUACACAGCGGGGAGGUGGUGGUGUGGUUCCGCAACAUCGACCGGACUCUGUUAAUGCAGGGCUGGCAGGACAUCGGCUUCAUCACGCCGGCCAACGUGGUGUUCGUGUACCUGCUGUGCCAGGACACGAUCACGGACAGCAUCGAGAGCCCGGCCGAGCUGCAGGGCGCCUUCCAGACCUGCCUUUACCUGGCCUACUCCUACAUGGGCAACGAGAUCUCCUACCCGCUCAAACCCUUCAUCAUCGACUCCAACAAGGACGUGUUCUGGGAGAGCUCGCUGCGCAUCAUCGACCGCCUGAGCGCAAAAAUGCUCCAGCUCAACGCAGACCCGCACUUUUUCACCGAGGUCUUCCAGGACCUGAAGAACCAGCGCGACUCCAGCGAGUCCAACCUGGACCGCUGACGUGCUGAGGGAACCGAACUUGUUUUUUGAAAAAAAAAUGGAUGAAUGUAAACAGGUGAAGGCUCCUCCACGUCUGGGCUCAACGUGUCAUUCAUGUUACAUAACUUCCGUCAAUAUGGUGUUUUAGGUUACAACGUUGUAAAUUUAAACUUUUAAACACGCAUGCCAGUUAUUAUAUUGUCCUCUGUCGUCUUGUCCGAGGGAUUGACGUCAUUGUGCGCAACAACCUGGAGCAGAACAGAAAGAGUCGGAGCUGUCCAUGGUGCUGGCUCGUGCAGCCCUUUCUGCUGCUUGGAGUCCUUUUCUUUCACACCUGAGCCACUUAGCCCAGUCCACUUUCAGCACAUAAGCCUAAGCCUUGUAAGCAGAGGUACUGAGCUUUUUUAACAUCUCAGUCAGCUGAUUGGUAAGCUGCUGAGCAUGGAACAAGUGGGACAGAUGGACGGAGAACAACUGUACAUACUUUUCUUUGGGAAACAGGGGUGUCAGCUGUGCUUUCAUUCUGCAAACUUUGACGUUAAAGGUGCUCACUGCAAUGAAGAAAAUCAAACGUAAAAAC